AUCAAAAAGGCCUUGGAACAUAAUUCGAUGUCAACGAUCGGACUAAUUUUAGGUAUCCUAGACUCACUUCCAGCUCCAACGUUCGCCACGAGCAAUCAAAAUUUUCGUUUCUCCUACCUCGAAACGUCUUCAAAAUUUCCAUCUCGUUAUGUUUUUGGUUAGAAAAUGUACACCAAUACGGCCCAAGCUUCUGUUAAAAGCGGAAAGUCUGCUAAAUGAUGCAGUUCCAGCUAUACUCCGAAUGUAUUCCGACUCGGAAUCGGAUGAGAAGUGCUUCAAAUACCGGCCAAGCAAAAAGACUGAUAGUGCUGCAUGCAGACCUGUGAAAGUGCACGUCCCCAGAUUCCACCGGCAGUUGGAUCCCUGCAAGACGGACAAAGAGCUGGCCGUGCAGCAUCCGAGGUAUUUGGGCGUAUAUCCCAGGUGCGAGAUCCCCUAUAAGCCAGAGUUCGACUGCAUGGAUCCUUGUGCGCUAGCCGUGCGAUUGGAUGAUACCAUGUACAGACCCAGUGCCAGCUUGGAUCGCAAGUUCGAUCAAUAUUGGGUGGAAUGUGUCGUCCGCAAGCAGAAGCGUUGCUGCCGCAGGGUGCCACCAGAGAGAUCCGUGCGGGCGGUGUACAACAAGUGUGAGAAGCCCAAGCCGAAGCCCUGUGACACGGUUCAUCCCAUGCCCUGUAAAAUGGAAACAAAGCCAGGCGCGUGUCCCAGGUUCUACCUCUGCAACUGUCCUGCCAUGGAGAACAGUCAAGUCAACUGCCGGCUUGCUCCGCGAAAGAAGAGAUGUCGUCGCCGGCCAUGUCUGUACCCCAGCUUCUCCGAGUGCCAGCACGAGGAGCUGGAUGUCGGACGGCCGGUGGAGUGCCGUUGCCUGGAAACUCCCGCCAUGUGCAUUGUGCACAGGUACGAGGCGUUGGGCAGGCGCGGUACCUGCGAUAAGCCCGAAACAUUGGACGAUUGCUAAGAUGCCUAGAAUGACUAAAAUCUCAGAUGAAGACAGUCUAGAUUUGUUGGUGAUUCAAUGGUAACUUUGCAUCUAUUUCACAAAAGGAGAAAAGGGGAACAUAACACAUUCGGCAAGUGGCGACUUCGGAGAAAUGCGAGAUUAUCUUCGAAUUCUGUAAACUACUACAAUUUCAAAUACAGUAAAAUAUUCCGUAA